CUUGUCAAACUAUCAUUUCAUUUGUUAUUCCAUCGCCAAACGUCUCAGAAGAUGUAAACACUAAUCAAUUCUACUAAUCAAUUGUGUAUAGAAUUUAAACUUAGUUCGAAGUCGACAUGGCUGAUCGUAAACGGUCCAAGCAAUCGAAAGAAGAAAUUGCCAAACUGUUUGAUUUGCCUGAGCGUAAAAGUAAAAUCGCUACUCUGCUCAAGCAAGAUGGUCAAGCAUACUGCAUAUGCCGUUCUUCUGAUAGUUCAAGAUUUAUGAUUGGAUGUGACUCAUGUGAGGAAUGGUUCCACGGUGACUGUAUAAACAUAUCUGAAAAAGAAGCAAAAUACAUCAAGCAAUAUUUCUGUUCUCGUUGCCAAAAAGAAGAUCCAACUUUACAAACAAGAUUUCGGGCCGCUCCAGCUGCACCAGAUGAACGUAAACCACGAAAAAGAAAGGAACGUUCAGAAAAAAGCAAAGACAGCGCUCAUGGCCCAAAGUGUGGACAAUGUAAAGGAUGUUUGGCACCAAAUUGUGGAAAAUGUGAAAUUUGUACGGAUCCUGACUUUAAAGAUAAGAAGUUAAGAUGUUUACAAAGAACAUGUCUGGGGACUUCAGGCCCACGGACAAAGAGACGACGAAGAGAUAGUUCUCCUGAAGGAAUAUUAUCUAGUGGAACUGAGCAUCUGACAGGGCCAAGACAAUGUUAUGGACCUGGCUGUACGAAAGGAGCUCGUCAACAUUCUAAAUAUUGUUCAGAUGCAUGUGGCAUGAAGCUUGCAAGUAACAGAAUUUAUCAAGUAUUACCUCAACGAUUGCAGGAAUGGUCUUUAUCGCCUUGCAGUGCUGAAGAAGCUAAUAAGAAGGCUUUAGAACAAAUAAGAUCUCAGCAGAUUGCUGUUCAAGGUACACUGCUGCAAUUGGACAAACGACAUAAGGAAUUAGAUCUCUUAGUAGAUCGUGCUAAAUUGUAUUCACCUGUUGAUCCAGAACCUGAAGAAGAAGAUGACUCAUCUAUUUAUUGUAUUACUUGCGGUCAUGAAAUUCAUUCAAGGACUGCUAUCAGGCACAUGGAGAAGUGCUUCAAUAAAUACGAAAGUCAAUCAAGUUUCGGUAGUGUUUUUAAAACACGUAUAGAGGGAAAUGUUAUGUUCUGUGAUUACUAUAAUUCAAGUAAUCACACAUAUUGCAAACGCCUGCGUGUUUUGUGUCCUGAACAUUGCAAGGAUCCCAAAGUUUUGGAUACUGAUGUUUGUGGUUGUCCUUUAGUUACCAAUGUGUUCAGUUUAACUGGAGAAUUUUGCAGGGCCCCUAAGAAAUCUUGUGUAAAGCAUUACGUUUGGGAAAAAAUUCGCCGUGCUGAAAUUGAUUUAGAAAGAGUGCGACAGUGGUUAAAAAUGGAUGAACUCUUAGAACAAGAACGCCAGGUCAGAAAUGCCCUUAUGUCAAGAGCUGGAGUUCUAGGAUUGAUGUUGCAUUCAACCUAUAACCAUGAAGUUAUGGAGAAGCUUUGUGCCGGACGACAAGUGCCUGCGAAAACUAAAUUUAAUAAAAAAAAUUCUUCUACAAAAAAAUAAUGUUAUAAAAUUCCAAGAAUA